UCUAAGGCCAUGGCUUCUGGAGCAGGAAAAUCAACAGCUUUCGUUCUCUUAAUGCUCAAUCUGAUUCUCUACCUCAUCGUCAUGAUAAUCUCCGCCUGGGCUAUCAACCAUGGCACUGAAAAGGCUAGCGAACUAGUUUUCAGUAGAAGUUCUAUCAGAAAGAACAGUAAUGAACAAACGUUGUUUGCUGGUGUUCCAUUUGCAUCUGCAGCAUCUGCUUUGCCAAUCCCAGCUCGGCUUUUCCCCAUUUUCUUCCCAAUCGGCAACAUGGCCACCGGCUUCUUUGUGAUCUUUUCGCUUAUCGCGGGGGUUGUGGGCUUUAUCACCUCCCUCACCGGCAUCAACAAUGUUUUUCAGGGGACUGAAUCUAACUUGCAUGCAGCAGCAGCCUCUUCACUUACAACAUGGGCCCUCACACUACUUGCCAUGGGAUUAGCCUGCAAAGAAAUCAACGUAGGCUGGACAGAUUCAAACUUGAGGACUUUGGAAGUUAUUCUGAUUCUCCUCAGUGGGACACAAUUGUUCUGCACGGGUGCCAUCCAUGCAGAGGUGGAACAUGUUGCUUUCAGAAAUAUGAUUGGCGGAGGAAGACUCUGAGCGUCAAAUUCAAAAAAGUCCAUUUGUAUAUCUGUGAAUUGUAUCAUGAUCCUGAGAAUUGUGUGCUUGUUUUCUUUUUUUCUUGGCUUGUAUUUUGGGUUCAUUUUCUUGCCUGUGUGAAAUGAUUUUAACAAAAUUGGGAAGGUUUGUUCCGGUACAUUUACAAUUGAAUUUGAAGCAAUGAUGUCUGAAUAAUUCGAUCAAUUUGGAUAUUUCACAUGUUGG